AUGGUUAAAGCUCGUCAUUGGACACGUCCAGAAGAAUUUCAUGGUGAAGUAAAAGAAAGUGAUCUGAAAUUAGUUGAGGAAAAUUUAUCCGAAGAUUUGAAAGAUGGAGAAGUUUUAUGUGAAGCUGUUUAUUUAACUGUCGAUCCGUAUAUGAGAAUGCACGGUUCAGUGAUCGGUGAACGCAAAACAAUGUUUGGUGCAGCAGUAUCAAAAGUGAUCAAGACUCGUAAUGGUGAGUUUCCAUUGGGAACAUUGGUUUUAUCCGGUAGUGGAUGGCGGACACAUUUUAUUUCGAAAGAUGGAAAAGAUUUAAAACCAAUCCCAUUUGAUUUAGGAAAUUUAUCACCAUCUGUCGCGUUGGGUGUACUAGGAAUGCCGGGUUUAACGGCUUAUUUUGGUCUUAAUCGAAAGUUGGAACCGAAAUCUGGUGAUGUUUGUCUAGUAAAUGGUGCUGCGGGAGCAGUGGGUUCAAUAGUUGGUCAACUGGCAAAAUUAAAAGGAUGUACAGUGAUUGGAUUUGCGGGUACGGAUGAUAAAUGUGAAUGGUUAAAACAAGAGUUAGGUUUCGAUCACGCAUUCAAUUAUAAAAAAAUAAAAUUAGAGGAUGCACUCAAACAAGCAGCACCGAAAGGUGUUGACAUUUUCUUCGAUAAUAUUGGUGGAGAUUUUUUCCAUGAAAUGAUCGAUAAACAUAUGGCACAGAAUGGACGAGUGUAUCCUCAAAUAAAUAUGAAAAUUUUAUUUCAUGAAUUAACUAUUCGUGGUAUAAUAGUUAGUUCACAUUAUAAUGAAGCGCAAGAAGCAUUAGCAGAAAUGUCGGAAUUAGUUAAAAAGGGUCAAUUGAAAUAUAAAGAAACAUUAUUUGAUGGUUUUGACAAAAUGCCCGAAGCAUUUGUUGGUUUAUUCAAAGGUGAAAAUACCGGUAAAGCUGUUAUUAAAGCAAGCAAUUAUCCAUAG